CCUCUGCAAAAAUGGCAGCCACGAAAGCGUUUGCAAAAAUCCCCCGGCUGAAAAGAUCCCCCGUUGGACAGAAGCUCCUGGCGGGAUCCUUCGCUCCUUUCUCGGCAUGGACAGAAGAUCUCCUUCAAAACAUGGACCAGCGGGAAGCUUGGGAUCGCUUCUACGCCCAGAGGGAGAGAAACGGAUCUCCCCGUCCGUUCGACUGGUUCUUUGGCUACAAAGAGAUCUCAACGCUUCUCGGCUCUGUUCUUGGGAGACUGACCCCUGGCCGGCUCCGGGUCUUAGACGUCGGCUGCGGCACGUCGUCCUUGGGCUUGGAGCUCUACCGACGCUGGCCCGUCCAACUUCACGUCUCUUGCCUGGACUUUUCCUCCGCAGCCGUUCAGUGUCUCUCUCGGAUGCGGCGGGAGAGCCCCCCGCCGCGCCACCCGCUCUCCAAACUGGAAUGCUACCUGGGCGACGCCACCGAGCUGUCCCGCCUCUUUGCUUCGGGGUCUUUCCACUUGGUUUUCGACAAAGGGACCUGCGAUUCGGUCCUGCGGGGAUGCCCGCAGCGAGCGAGACGCUUAGUGUCCGAGUGUCUACAAGCCCUGAGGCCGGAAGGAUGUCUCGUCCAGAUCUCCGACGAGGAUCCGGACGCCAGGGUGCCGUUCCUGGAAACGGCCGGCGAGGCCAACAUCAGCAUCAGGGAGAUCACCAACGUUAGCGGCAUCUCGUAUUAUGCUUACAUGCUCAGCCCAAAAUGUUCUGACCCAGUUCCCCAAACACAACAGACCCCCGGGAAGUGAAGUCAAAAGAUUCCUAUAGUAGGAGUGCCGGCAGCCCCGGCAAAAAAUUCUCACCGCAGGCUAACAAGUCCGUCUGUCUGGAAGAUGAAUAGUUGUCUGUCACACCUAUUCAUUUUCGCACCUUACCUUUUAUCCCCAGGGGCUUUGCUAGCAGUGGUGGCUCUUCCGUCCCAAGGACCGGCCCAUAGAUUUCCACUGCUCUCCUCUCCUCUGCUUUCUAUGUGCCAGGCACUGGACGCAGCUAUUCCUCCUCUUCCUCAUCAGCCAUAACCAGACCUGGGGGCUGUUGACUCUCCAUCCGAGGGAUGACGGAUGGUCCAGGCUCCGCCCCUCUCUCUCUCUCUCUCUCUCUGCCUACUCCAUUCCCUCUUUCCCCUCGGAGCUCUCAAGUUGCCUUAAUGCUGACCCUGACUCCGAUGCCUCCUUGUCUUGAUUCGGCUGUUGGAGCGGCCGGCGGCCAACAGGCCACAACACAAGAGCUCCAGACCCAUCACACAGGGGGCAGCCCUCCGAGGAAUCCAUCAUCGAGGGAGAUCUAACGACAGACGUAACUACCACACCCUUCAUCAUACACUCCAGUCGUUUAGAGGUGGUUGUUUUCUCGAUCUGGACUCUCGGAUGCCGCGAAGCAAAGCCUCAAA